AUGGCGAUCUCACGACCAUAUGUGCCUUCAAGGGCGCUCAUACGGGCUCUAUCACGACCGCAGCCUAUUCGGUGUCCAUUGGCCCGCCCCCUCCCAUUGUACCUGGUCCGCGGGAAACAGACAAAAUCACCCAAAGCCAAGAAGCCAGAACAAGAUGCGACCGCCGAAUCGAAGCCGUCGCUGCUAGAUCGCCUCAAAAGGUCAACAUCCAUCUUUGAGGAUGACGAGAAAAUGGAUAAAGCCAUGCGUCCCCUGUCCGACGCCGAACUCGAACGCGAUGACCUACCCGUCAUCAACUGGUACGAGCAAGACUUGGAUAAAGGCACACCUCAACGUCUCAUCGAUCGAAUCGCAACAGUAGAAGAUCGGAAGAAAGAUAAGGAAAUGUACACCAUGAUUGAGGAGUCGCAGAAGAAUCCCGACUACGACGAUGCGAUAUUGAAUCGACGCCUCGUUGACAGCCUGCUCACGAAUCCAAAUUUUGCCGAAUUGACCGAAGAGCUGAGGGAACUCAAGGCAGGCAUCAAGUCAAAGGAAGAGCUCCAGGCAAUGGAAGAGCAGGACGCUCUGGAGGCAGAAGCAGGGAGUAAAGAGUUCAAUGCAGGCUUACGAAUGGCCACACACGAUGCAUUGCAAGACCUUGUCAACGACCCAGAUGUCGGUGAUGCAAAGGCAGACAUACAAGAAGUCAUCGACAAGAUGCCGGAAAUGGAAGAUAUUGAUAGCCCCGGGUUCCAGGCGUUACUACACAAAGCCAUGGCCAAGCUGGAAGAGAACGAGGCCAUGCAGAAGAAGAUUGCCGCGAUGCAACAAGACCAAAAUUACCCAGGGCUUGAUAAAGAGUGGGAUGAGUACGAGAAAGACACAGACGAAGCGAUCACAGAAGCCGAGGCUCCAGACCAAGACCUCGCUAUGGUGACACCAGAAGACAUGCAAGAUGUGGACAAGCUUUUGUACCAGAUGCGCGAUGUCAUGAAGUCGCUGGGGGCAGGCACCGAUCUCGAGGCCGAGCUCGACGCAGCCCUAAAAGAGGAUUCGGAUGAUGCACAGAACCAAGAUGGCGUCUUCGAGCGUGAGAUGGAUCCAUUAGAGCUGGCGGAAGAGCUAAAGAAGCUUGCGCAAUCAAAGGCCUCACAGCCACUAGAGCCUGAGGAAGAGGAAGAUAUACCUGCUGAUCUGCAAGCCAAGGUUGACAAGAUAAUGGAGGAUCCCAAACUGAUGGAAAAGUUGAUGUACAUCCAAAAGCUCAUCUCCGAGACCAAGCAACCGACGGGUGACCUGACAACUAUCGUUCACGAAACCGCGCCUGAUCCUUACCAACUAGAAGACGGUCGCACCGCUACCCUAAAAGAACGCAUGGCUUUCGCACUCCAGGAUCCCGAACAUAGUGCCGCACUUCAACGCCUUCGCGUUCAUCUCCCGCCACCGUUCAACAUCGCGCCUGCCCUCAAGUCCUUUAACCAGGCUAUCGAAUUCGCCUACAUUGGCGCCAAUGACGAUAUCCGCCGCAUCUUGUGGCGCUCAUACCAAAAAGCACGAACCCUGCCCACGUUCCUGCAAAGCGUCAGCGACGAGGCUUGGGACAUCCUAUACUAUUCGCAGGCCGUCACCUGGAGUAGUAAUCAGAAUCGGCAGGACCAUCUUCGUCUACUUCUGGCCGACCUGAAGAGCUUGGGAAUGGAUGGUCCGCCCACACAUCCGAGUACGCUUGCGAAUGAAGGGGCGAAUCAGUUGGAAGGAUAG